UGUUUUUGGCACGUUUAUCGUUCGUUGGUGUACAUUUUUCUCAUACGUAAAAUUUGUUGUUAAAAAGAAAUAAAAGAUAAUUUGGCUAGCGAUUUAGAACAUUAAUUAGUUUAAGUGAAAGUUUAUAAUUUUAAUUUUUGAAGCAACAAUUUACGCAACGAGGAUAAAAUGUCUUCAACGAAAUUAUACACAAAGGAUGCACGAAUAUGGAUCCAAGCUACAGAUCCGAGCCUUGUUUGGGAGGGUGCAAUGCUUACCGCGCACUAUACGCCAGAAUCCAAAGUAAUUCAUUUACUAACAGACGCAGGCGUCUCAAAAACAAUUCCAAUAAAAAACGAAGACACAGACUUGCCACCACUACGAAAUCCUGCCAUACUGAUUGGUCAAAAUGAUCUCACUGCAUUGUCGUACUUGCAUGAACCGGACGUGCUGCAUAAUCUCGAAGUCAGGUUUUGCGGCCGACAAGCUAUUUACACAUAUUGUGGCAUCAUAUUGGUUGCAAUCAAUCCGUAUGCCGAAUUACCAUUAUAUGGACCCGAUAUGAUUCGAGCGUAUCGCGGUCAUGCCAUGGGUGAAUUGGAACCGCAUAUAUUCGCUGUGGCUGAGGAAGCAUACGCUAAGUUAGAGCGAGAAAAGUGUGAUCUUAGUAUUAUUGUUAGCGGAGAAUCAGGCGCUGGAAAAACCGUUUCCGCCAAAUACGCGAUGAGAUAUUUUGCAGCUGUCGGUGGUAGUGAAUCCGAGACGCAAAUCGAAAAGAAAGUAUUGGCCAGUAGUCCGAUUAUGGAAGCAAUUGGCAAUGCUAAAACCACUCGAAACGAUAAUAGUUCGAGAUUUGGUAAAUUUACGAAACUUCUGUUCACCAAUUAUUUGAAUGUAAUGUCGUUGACGGGCGCUACCAUGCAGACGUAUUUGUUGGAAAAGUCUAGAGUUGUGUUUCAAGCUCCAGGCGAACGAAAUUAUCACAUAUUCUAUCAAUUGUGCUCUGCUAGAGAUCAAUGGCCCGAAUUGAUGUUGGAUCAUCAAGACAAGUUUCGAUUCCUAAAUCAAGGUAACUCGCCAGAUAUAGCGAGGGUCUCGGACCUUGAACAAUUUACCGAAACAAUAGGAGCGCUGAAUACACUUGGAUUUACUCAGGGCGAGGUGAAUGACAUCGUAAAAGUUUUGGCUUCCAUUCUUCAUCUGGGGAACAUCGAAUUUUUUCUUUCGAAUAGAAAAAAUUCCAAAGAAUCCGAUAACGAUGGAUGCUCUGUCAACGCGGACGAUUUGCAUUUGAACCUGUUCAGCGACAUUCUCAAAUUGAACGUUGAUGAUCUGCAGAAGUGGUUAAUUCACAAACAAAUCGAAUCGAUGAAUGAAACUGUUCUCAUUCCGAUAAACUUAUCCACUUCUGAAGCAGCUCGGGAUGCCCUUGCGAAACACAUUUACGCGAAAUUGUUUCAGUACAUCGUCAACGUGAUCAACAAGAGUUUGGUCAGCGGCAAAACACAAAAUUGUUUCAUCGGCGUGUUGGAUAUUUACGGUUUCGAGACAUUCGAAACGAACUCGUUCGAACAGUUUUGCAUUAAUUAUGCAAACGAGAAGUUACAACAGCAAUUCAACCAGCACGUGUUCAAAUUGGAGCAGGAAGAGUAUCUCAAAGAGGGAAUCGUCUGGACUAUGAUCGAUUUUUAUGAUAAUCAGCCGUGCAUUGAUUUGAUUGAAUCUAAACUGGGCAUUUUGGAUUUAUUGGAUGAGGAGUGUCGGAUGCCCAAGGGAUCGGACGAGUCGUGGGUUGGUAAAUUAAUAGAGAAAUGUUCCAAGUACAAGCACUUCGAUAAGCCGCGAUUCGGAACAAAUUCGUUCUUCGUUAAACACUUUUCCGAUACCGUGGAGUAUGAUGCAUUUAGCUUUCUGGAGAAAAAUCGCGACACCAGUCUGCGAGAAUCCGAAAUGGAUUUCUUACGAAAAUUGAUGGAACUCGACGACUGCGAUGAUGCUAAACAAAAUAAAUCGAAUACGUCGCUGAGCGGACGGGUCGUGAUUAGUGCAUCGAAGUCAUUGAAUGCAACACCGGGAAAGAACAGAUCUCUGCCAUCCAGGCAACAUCGGCAAUCGGUUGGUUCGCAGUUUCGGGAGAGCUUAAGUAUGCUCAUCCAAACACUUCACGCGACCACUCCGCACUACGUUCGUUGCAUAAAACCCAACGAAGAGAAAAAAGCGUUCAAAUGGGAACCAACUAAAAUUGUUCAACAGUUAAGAGCUUGUGGCGUUCUAGAAACAGUGCGCAUAUCGGCAGCUGGGUUUCCAUCACGCUGGCAAUACGAUGAUUUCUAUGCCAGGUAUCGAUUACUCUGCAAAAGUUCGCAAAUUGCUGAGUACGAUUUUAAGGAAACAUCUACUCGAAUUAUUAACAAUUGGAUUCACGACGAUGAUAAAUACCGAAUAUUCUUUCGAGCGGGGCAGGUGGCGUAUUUGGAACAGGUUCGCCUGGACGUUCGAAAGAAAUGUAUUAUCGUGGUUCAGUCGAUGGUGCGACGAUUUGUUUAUCGUCACAGGUACAAUAGGUUACGUAAAUCAGUGUUGGGUAUACAACGAUACGCACGAGGUUACAUCGCUAGAAGGAAAGCCGAUCAACUGCGAAAAAAUCGUGCCGCUGUCACCGUACAGCGUUAUGUCAGAGGAUGGGUUGUUCGAAGCAAAUACAUUCAAACACGAAAAUCGGUACUUGGUAUUCAAAAGUAUGGUCGAGGUCUGUUGGCGCGGCGUCAGUUCAAAGCUAAUUUGGAUAAUUACAAGGCAACUCAAAUUCAACGAUUGUGCCGUGGCUACCUGGCACGCGUGGCUUACAAAUCUAAAUUGAGAAAGAUUAUUAUCUGCCAGUCGGCGAUUCGUCGAUUCUUGGCAAAACGUUUGUAUAAGAAAAUGAAAGCCGAAGCUCGCACCAUUUCGCAUAUGCAAAAGAUGUACAAAGGAUUGGAAAACAAAAUCAUUUCAAUGCAGCAACGAAUCGAUGAAUUGAACAAGGAAAAUGUGCAGCUAAAGACGAAAAAUACGGAGAUUCCAGAGCUCAAAUCGAAAUUGGAAGCAAUGAAAAACAUGGAAAAUGAGUUGAAAACCGUUCGUACCGAGUCUGCGAAGAAAGAUGAUGCUAUGGUUACAAUUCGCCAGCAAUUGGAGAAUGAACGCGACGAAAAAAUGAACAUUCUCGAGGACAGAGCGGUCGCUGAACAAGAGUGGAAUAACCAGAAGCAAACGUGGAGAGUGGAAAAUGAGGAGCUGAAAAAGCAAGUACACGAAAUGAUCGAGUUCGCUAAAAAGGAAGACAAUGUCACCACUACACAAAAAAGUCGUAUCCUUUCGGAAGUCGAUAACAAUGAAAUCCAUCAAGCAUACCAACGUGCCAUCAAAGACAAAGAGAAUUUGGAAAGUGACAACUACCUUUUUCGAAAUGAAAUCGAUCGUUUAUGUCACCUAGUUCCGAAAGGUAGCAUCACACAUUCCCGUUCAGUCAGCAAUGCAUCCAGCAUUACUAUCGAUGAAGACUUUGGCUAUUCGUCAACGAGGAAUACUUUAGAGGUGAAAAGAGGAUUUAAUACGCCACCAAUGCACGCUGAUAAUUCGAAGAGUGAAAGUUUCCUAACUCCAGAAUCAUUUUCUGCUAAAAACUCCUCUACACCGACAAAGAGUUCAGAUACGGUGUUGAUUUUAAAAUUAAGGAAGAUGCUGGACGACGAACGCUUGAAACGCAAAUCGCUGGAAAAGCAAAUUACUACCAUGAACAACAAGUCAAGCAAAUCGAUGACCAAUGAAGAGUCACUCAAGGCGUCCGAAUUGGAAGUGGAGAAUGAAAAAUUGCGACAGGACUAUCAGUUACUUCGUAAUAGCAUCAAUCGCGGUGUGGAAAGUCAAGAGCUAGAAGCGCAAUACGUAGCUUUGCAGGACGAAAAUAAACGUCGUCGUGAUGAGUGCAUCCAACUGAGAGCUAUUUUAGCGCAACAAAGCCAAUCGUUACGUACGCUAGGAUCAGCUACAAUUAAAAACGAAACGGGAAUGAAUGAAGGUGAAAUUGUCGAAGCUUUCCAAGCACAAAAGCUUGUCAACAGGCAACUUGAGUCUGAAUUAUCAGCGUUAACAGAAGAAAAUAAUUUACGUCUAACCGAACUAAAUAAGACAAUUGACGAUCUACGCAGCGAACGCGACAAACUACAGGAAAUUAUUUAUGAAAAGGUCAUUCAUACCGACGACACAACCGUAGAAGUUUUACAGCAGAGUGUCUCAUAUUUACGGUAUGAAUUGGAAAAGUCCUUGACACUGUACUCGGAACAACAGGAACAAAUAGAUGAAUUGACGAGGAAAGUGGAGGAGUUGAUUAAUAAAAAUAACAUUUUGUCGAGUCGAUUACGCGAGCAUGGACUGGAUGAUUCGACAAAGCUUAAGGAGAAUGUCAAAAGUAAUUUGGCCGUUGUUAAGAAAAAGGCUCAGGUGUAUCGAGGUAUCUUCAAGUACAACGAAAAGGACACCGAUAAAAUACUGCAGCGGUUGAUAGUUGAAUUAACGCGACGCGUAGCUAUUACGCUAUUUCCUGGACUGCCGGCCUACAUUGUAUUUAUGACCAUCAGGUACACCGAUCUACUCAAUACCGACAAGGAUGUUCGCCUUUUACUUACAAACUUCUUGCUGAAUGUGAGAAAAGUUUAUCGCUCACCAAAUACCAGCGAGUAUCGUGUGUUAUGGCUUGUUAAUACUCUCAAAUUGCACAAUCUUUUGAAGCAGUACGGUGGCGUUGAUGAGUACAUGCUACUGAACACCGACAGUCAGAAUCAGCAGCAACUCAAAAAUUUCGAUUUGUCUGAGUACAGGCAAGUAAUUUUGGGCGACAUCACCGGUCUGUAUGAAAAAACAGUUCGUCAAGUACAGGAUUUCAUGAAACCACACAUUGUGCCAGCCAUUUUGGACCACGACGAGAUGGCGAGGGGCAAGAGUCAAGGUGCACGCGGUCGAUCGAUGUCAUUAAUGACGCCCGAUGGUAACCAAACUGUCGAACCGAAAUCUCUGGUCAAUCAGCUGGAAUAUUUCUACAAACAAUUCCAAUUUUUCGGCCUCGACGACGGUUACAUUGAGCAAAUUUUCAAGCAAUUACUUUACUACAUUUGUGCCAUUUCCAUAAACAAUCUGAUGUUGAGACAAGAACUGUGUAUGUGGAAAACGGGAAUGAAGAUCAGAUAUAAUGUGAGCUGCCUGGAGGAUUGGGCUCGCAAAAAGAAAAUGCCAAACGAUAUUUUACAACCUCUUCAACCGUUAAUCCAAGUGUCAUCGUUGCUCCAAUCUCGCAAAUCCGAAGAAGAUGUCGACACAAUUUUUGAGCUGUGUUCGGACCUAACGACUGCUCAAGUGUUGCGGAUUAUAAAGUCGUACACACUGGACGACUGUGAGAAUCCCAUUCAACCCAUUUUCAUCGAAAAAUUGGAAAAGAAAUUGAAUGAACGGAAUACGCAUACACAAAACGAUCUGUUUACCAUGGAGGAGAAUUUUGUACAUCCGAUGAAGGUCAUUUACAAAUACGAUUCGAUUAAGUUAGAAGAGAUCGAACUACCAACCAUACUAAAUUUGGACGAUUUGUUGAUUAAAAUUUAAACGGCGUCCAAAAUUCAAGAGUGAAACGGUAAAGCGACAAUACAAACGAAUAGUUUUUAGUGGAUGAAUGGAGGCAUAUUAACUUUGUGUUGCCCAUGUAUGACUUGGGUACGUUACGUAGUUGAACUAAUUUUAUUUUCAGCAGUUGGCAAAUUAUUGUUGUUCAGAACACGCACGUUCGUUGAAUUUAUUUGUUAAUUAUAUUCGAUGGGUUAGAUCAGAUUGUUUAAAUAACUUGUUCCGUUUACCAAUUUAUUGAAAAACAACCGUGUAGGUAAUCGGUACAUUGAAUUUACGUCGUACGCAUUAAGAUUUCAUAGUAGAUUGAAAUCUGUGGGAGAGAUGAUGAAAAAUGGAUACGAAGGUGAUUGUGCUGCCGAGCCGUUAGGCGAGAGACAUAGUUACCCGAGAAUUAGUACAUUUUGUUACGAGUGAUGAAAAUUUGCAUUUUUCGGCGCUAGUCGUAAGCAGGCCGUACCGAAAACUUUCAUCACGAGUCACAAACGACGUUUUUUACGUUUGAAUACUGAAGUGAAACGAAAGACGAAAGCACAACAAUUUAAACAAAGAAAUCACUCUACGGACAAUUUCGAAAACUAUCACGCUCUGUCGAUUGCGGCCGAAAAAUUAUACAUGAAUUUCCAUUUUCGGACGGAUAAAGCGGCCGAGAAAGUUACUUUUCCGGGAAAGUCAGGGAAAAUGGAACUUUCCAAUCGUAGUUUGCGUGUCGCAAUCCGUCGAAUGAAAUCUUCAAGCGCAAAAAAUCCAUUUUCCGGCACUCUUCCACAGCUAUUUUACGUGCUUUUGCAGUUUUUGAAGUCAUUUACAUAGCAGAAGCACGUAAAUCAUUGUACUUACGAGGUUCCAAGUUGUUUAUUUGACGAUUGAGGUGUUAUGACCCAACCCGACGCCUGCUAAAAUUUUUUUGGUUUGAAAGUAGAAUUUGGGAAGUAUAAAUGAAAUUUCAUUGUUGUUAUUUCAACGACCGGUUAUCAUGUUAAAGAAGAAUACAGUAGAGAUCUUUUUAUUACGUAAUACAAGCGCAAUUACGGCAACCCACCUUCGGCUCUGAUAACUCUAACUUUGCGCUUAGGUAAUCGCCCAUUUACAUGGUCCCUGCUGUAGUCUAAUAAUUAGUGUGAAGAACUAAUAAAGAAGCUGAAACCGACCAAGCUACUUUGCCUCACUUCAACUGUAUUGUUAUUGGUUAUCCUUGAAUACAUUAUUUGAGUUAAACUGGAAAACGAAUAUUUACACCAUUCAGCCUGAUCUUGCCUGGUUAACUAACAAAUUUGAUAAGAGCCAUAAAAGAAGCAUUUAAUGUAAUAGAUUUAGAGAUAUAUAGUAUCCCCUGUGUGUUUUAUCAAAUAUCGUUUAGUAGUCCAGUUCAGAGCUUUUUUCAAUAAAGUGCGUACAAAAUAAAAUAUUUUUUUUAAGCAAAAGCAUUCCAAUGUUAUGCUGUAUAUAGAAUUGACUGAAAGACUGAAAAGAAGUUACAGUGUUUUUCACUUUGUUAAUUUUAUUUUUCAACACAUUUCCAGAUAUAGGGCAAUUCCUGUUGCCUAAUGAAAAAAAAGACGUUGAUAGGAAACGAAAAAAAAAACCAAUAAUUGAAAAUCAAAUCUAUUUAUAAAUGUUGUUCGUUAAUCUAGAGAAUAAAAUGAAAUUAAUUUAUAUCAGCUGUUAAAUUUGAAAAGAAUGAGAGAGAGAGAGAGA